AUGAACGCCGCCAUGUACUCCAGCCGCGCGUCGCCCGUGCAGGGCUCGUUCGCCCCGGUCCAGCGCGCGCGCGUGUCGGCCCAGUUCGGCAUCUCGCAGGCCUCGAACGGCUCGCGCCAGGUCACCCGCAUGGCCAACCACGCCACCACCGGGCCGUUCGCGCCCCUGGUGCGCGUCACGCGUUCCGUGAUGGGCGAGAAGGAGUUCAACAAGUUCCGCGGCAAGGCCAUCUCGCUCCACUCGCAGGUCAUCAAGGCCUUCUGCAACAACGUCGGCGCCCCCGCGAAGACCCAGCAGGGCCUGGUCCGUCUCGCGAAGAAGAACGGCGAGAAGCUCGGCUUCCUGGCCUAA